UCCUGGAGGUUGGGGCGGAUUUGUUGCGGAUAGCUGGGAGUGCGCUGCUCCCCUCGGAGCGUGUUCGCUCAACCUGCAGCUGGCCGGAGCAGAGCGCAUAAAGAGCGGGGGUUCGGGGGAGGACGAGGAGAAGGAUGGGGGAGGUCCUGUCUUCUCUCUUACAACCGGACCUCUAUCAGAGAUUAGUCUUCAAUGUUAUUUUUGCUCUCGGAAGCGGCAGAGGAGGAGCAUCCUUACAAGAAAGUCGGUGCUUGUGUGUGGCCAUGCUGGAGCGGAGAAGUGAUGCUGCUGAGUUUAGUUAUUAGGUUGCUCCUCCGGGGCGAUGUUGCCUCUGCUGCUGCUGCUGACCCCGCAGCUGACUUAGAUUGCUGUGAGUGAUAUCAAAGUUUUUCGGGGUUAUUAUUAUUAUUAUUUUUUUUUUACUCGCUUGAAAUAUUCCAGCUGAGUCUCUGUCUGCAGAUUUGUCCCCUUUUUUCUUUUUUAAACCUACCCGUUACUUCAAUGACUGAAGACUCCCAGGGAUCUGGAUCCAGACGAGUGUGGAGAUGAACUUUGAAAAUUUCCUGCUUGUGAUUAUUUCAAUCGUCACCAUCACUUCAGGGUCCCGAGCACGAUUUGAGGACAGUGCUCCUCGGAUAGUGGAGGACCCUUCCGACUUGAUCGUCUCCAAGGGGGAGCCCGCCACCCUCAACUGCAAGGCGGAGGGCCGGCCCACGCCCGGCAUAGAGUGGUACAAAGACGGCGAGCGCGUGGAGACCGACAGGGAUGACCCGCGCUCCCACCGCAUGCUCCUGCCCAGCGGCUCCCUCUUCUUUCUGCGCAUCGUUCACGGACGCAGGAGCAAACCGGACGAGGGCGUCUACACCUGCGUGGCCCGCAACCCGCUGGGAGAGGCCAUCAGUCGCAACGCAACGCUGGAGGUCGCUGUCCUGAGAGAUGAUUUCCGGCAGGCCCCGAGCGACGUGGUGGUGGCCGCCGGAGAGCCCGCGGUGUUGGAGUGCGUGCCCCCACGGGGUCACCCCGAACCCUCCGUCUUCUGGAAACGCAACAACGCCCGCGUCAGCAGCAAAGACGACCGCAUCACGAUGCGAGGGGGCAAGCUGAUGAUCUCCCCCACCAGGAAGAGCGACGCCGGCAUGUAUGUGUGUGUGGGAACCAACAUGGUGGGAGAGAGGGACAGCGAUCCUGCCGAGCUGGUCGUUUACGAACGUCCGGUGUUGGUACGGCGCCCGGUAAACCAGGUGGUCAUGGAGGAAGAGACUGUGGACUUCCUGUGUGAGGUCCACGGCGAUCCUGCUCCCACCGUGCGAUGGCGGCGAGAGGAAGGGGAGCUUCCUCGUGGGAGGUUUGAAAUCCGCAACGGCAACAACCUGCGUUUGUUCCGCGUGAAGGAGCAGGAUGAAGGGACGUACACCUGCACAUCUGAGAACAGCGUGGGCAAGACGGAAGCCUCGGCCAUGCUGCAGGUCCACGUGCCUCCUCAGAUUACUGCAAAGCCCAGAGACCAGAUUGCCGCCCAAGGGAGGAGCGUGACCUUCCUAUGUGGCACCACAGGAAACCCUCCACCUGCCAUCUUCUGGCAGAAAGAGGGCAGCCAGAUGCUGCUGUUUCCCGGUCAGCCACCGUCGCAGUCCGGUCGGUACUCCGUUUCCAUGAGCGGAGAGCUGAUCAUCGCGGACGUCCACCCCGAGGACUCGGGCUUCUACGUCUGCCAGGCCAUCAGCGUGGCAGGAAGUGUGCUGACCAAGGCUCUGCUGGAGGUGGAAGGAGGGCCUUCGGGUCGUAUCCCACCGAUCAUCCGGCAGGGCCCGGCCAACCAGACCGUGUCCCGGGGGGCCAUGGCACAGCUGCACUGCCGCUUAGUUGGAGGCACCUCAGUCAAGAUCUCAUGGGAGAAAGAUGGAGAGAGGCUGCAGGGAAAUAAACCCCGAGUGACCUUGAUGGAGAACGGCACGCUGCAAAUUGCAGAUCUAAAGGACACCGACUCUGGGUUGUACACGUGCGUCGCGUCCAGUCCCACGGGGGAAUCCAGCUGGAGCGGGAUGUUGACUGUCAGAGAGGAAGGCGCCUCUUCGGGAUCCAGAGCGUCUGAGUUCAUCCAGCUUCCGGGACCGCCGCAGAAACCCGUGGUUACCGAGGUGACCAAAAGCACCGUCACUCUGACGUGGCAGUCCAAUCCUCAUGAAGGCGGAGAUGCUGUCACCUCCUACGUCGUCGAGGCCUUUAGCCAGUCGGUGGGCAGCACCUGGCAAACCGUUGCGGACCACGUGAAGCACGAGAGGCACACGGUCGUUGGACUUUUCCCAAACACGGUUUACCUGUUUAUAGUCCGAGCCGUCAACUCCUACGGCCUCAGUGACCCCAGUCCGAUCUCUGAGCCGGUCCGGACUCAGGAUGGGAGUCCAACAGAGCAGGGCGUGGACCACAGGCAAGUUCAGAGAGAGCUGGGGGAGGUUUCCAUCUACCUGCAGAAGCCCGUGGUUCUUUCUCCCACCACUGCCAGGAUUUCUUGGACUGUCGCCCGUCAGUCCCGGUACAUCCAGGGUUACCGCGUGUUUUACCGGAUUGUCGGGGGCUCCUGGCUGGUCCGAGAUGUGGAGGCGACAUCCGACUACAGCGCGGUGUUAGCAGAUCUCCAGAGCAAGAAGGAGUAUGAAGUCAAGAUACGGCCCUACUUCAAUGAGCUACAGGGCCACGACAGUCUCAUGGUUCUGGUCCGGACCCCUGACGAGGCCUUAAGUGGCCCUCCGCAGGCUGUUUCAGUGGUGCAGCUCACCAAUAGCUCAAGUAUCAGUGUCUCCUGGGAGCCACCGCCUCAUAACGUUCAGACUGGCAUCAUCCUAGAGUACAAGGUCUGGUGUUUGUCCGGCGACGCGGAGAGUCAGAUAAACCGAACGGUGGACGGUUCCGUUCUGUCCAUCCUGCUGACGGGUCUGCUCCCUGACGUCCAGUACACGGUGGCGGUGGCUGCUGUCACCAGUCUGGGUGUGGGCGCUCUGAGUCUGCCUGUCAGCCUGCUUGUCGCUCAACAACCGGUGGAGGUUCUGAAGAAAGGCGGCGAGCUCAGCUUGGCGGAGCAAAUCGCCAGCGUUAUCCGCCAGCCGGCCUUCAUCGCGGGGCUUGGCGUGGCCGCCUGGCUGGUUCUGAUGGGCUCCGGCGGACUGCUGUACUGCCGGCACCGCAGGAGGAAGCAGCUGGGCCACUACACCACAUCCUUCGCGUACACGCCAGCAGUUGGCUUUGCUCACAGUGAAGGAUCUGGAAUCAUCAAUGGAGGGCCUGGCUUGUUGGGGUCAAAUAUGGGCAAUUACCCCUGGCUGGCGGACUCCUGGCCCACUCCGAACCUCACUCACAGCAAAGACUUCGUCAACUGCUGCUCUGGAAAACUGGACUCAGAAAGAUAUUAUAACUCCGUCGGGAUCAUCAACUACCCCAGUCAGACGGAGAAGCGCAGCACGGCGUCCAACGACAGUCCCAUUUACAGCACCAUCAACACGGCGGCCGAGGACGACCUGCUGUCUUACUACGACACCUACUCUAGCGUGCCCUUCAACCAGGGUCCAGACCCCUACAGCAGCAACCCAGUGCUGUCCAGUGCUGGGAUUCUGGGUCUGGAGCAGGACCUGGACCGCUGGACCAUCCAGUCUGGCCAGUCGGGGUCAGAAUAUGCCAAACUCCAGUACACCAAGAAAAGCAACGACAAACUGGCUUCGCAGGCAUCUGCAGGAUCCCUGUCCAGGCCGGCUCCUCUCACCUGGGUGGACGUUUUAUCACUUCCUCUUCCGCCCAACAGGGGCAGAGAUCAUCCAAAACCAGACAAAGAAGAGGCGCAGCACAGCUUCGAGGAGGAAGAUGAUGACUGGUGUCCUCCGCUGCCGGCCAGAACCUACCUGAUGGACUCUUACAGGGAGGACGGGUCAGACCUGCCGUCCAGGCCAGAGGAAGUAACGCCUUCCCCUCAGCAUGACGCCCCGCAGCCCGGCGACAGCCCCCACGUCCAGCACUUUGACCUGUUGGUGCGCCACCAGCAGAGCCAGGUGUCCCAGUCCAACCCCGAUCUCUUCACCAACACCAAGGCGCUGGAAGCCAGUGAUCUGUACAACCACAGCAGCCAGUGGGCGGAUAAUUUCAGGGGAGAAAGCCUCGGCAAAGGACGAUCUCUCGCUGCGGCCGCCGAGUCGAGCCCGACAGCUGCGGCGCAAAAACCCAGGAGUAAGAAGAGAGCGCCGAGGGACGGACAGAGCCGGAGAGAGAGGCACGGAGACGCGGCAGAGCUCCCCCCACCGCCGGCCCCUCCCGCCGCAGACGGCUCCCUGCAGCUCUUUGUGGACGUUUCGAGUCGCAGACAAACAGGCAGCGAAACAAGAGAGGGAAGCGAUUGGCCCGCUCUCCUGAAGCGAGGAGACGAUUCCUCACCCCAGGGGGGGGGACUUGCAAAGUGGUUAUCACAAGAUGAGAAUGUAAUCCCACACGGACAGCCAAACGUCCUGUCCAAGGUCCAGACGUCGGGCUACGGGUCCCUGGGGGGACGGGCGUUUCCUCGGCCCGCCGCCGCUGCUCAGAGGAGAGAUGAGAAUCUCAUAUAGACAGCCGCCGAUUACACCGUGUGACAUUCUCCUCUCUUUUCCUCCCCGACUUCCUGUCUCCGCGAACCAUCAAUGUGUUGCCAUGGCAUCCCGCGAAAAGCUGAAGACAAAAGGAAAAGCGUCAAGGCUUGCCAUCUGCCUUUUCACAAACUAUUAGCAUUUUCUUUUUAUUUUACUUUAAGUAUCUUCCUUUUUCUUCUUCUUCUUCUUCUUGCGUGUGAUUUCUCUCACCCCCGCUUUGUGUACAAAGACUUCCUCUGUCAUUUUUUUAAGAGAAGAGGUGAUCAGAUAUAUUGCUAAGAAAAGGAACGUAUGGCAUUUUUAGGCUAAAGGGAAUGAAAUGGAAGUAUUGCGUUGUUGUACAGCAGAUUAAUGAAUGUAUCUUUUGUUUACUCCUGACCGUCAAACUAUGAUGCUGCGGGGUUUUUUUGUGUGUGUGUUUUUUUCUUCGUUUUUUGUUUUGUUUUCGCUUUUGAUGAACGACGGGAGCGGGGGAGAGGGACAUGAAGCUAGAUCUCAUGACGUCGGUGUGGGUGUGUGUCAGUGUUUUUAAUUUCACCUUCCCGUGUGGCUGUGUAACCGUGUUAGAUCACCAGUGUGUUCAUUUUUAAAUCUGACAGAAAGAAAUAAAAGGCUUUGUUACAUAAAGGUUCCCCUUGUGAAAUCUACUAACUGUGACAGGAGAAUAGCAGUUGUGUUGGUAGUAGUGGGACGCUGUGGAUGACAACGCCAGCCUGGAUUUUCCAGUCAGCUGGUGCGCCGCCAGUGAAACGCUUCCGUGAGAUUUGGAACAGAACACGAUUCAAAAGUGCUCCGAAAAGCUAAAACUUUUUGAGCUUUAGGACAGAUCUGACUGUUUUUUUUUUUAAUUAUUUUUAUUAUUGGAAAGAUUUAAGGGAAGAUCUUUAAGAUGACCAGCUUUCCUGACUACAGCUGUAGAAACCUGUGAGGUAGUUUUCUAAUUGGUAGAAAUGUAUUUUGCAUUUGUUGAUGCAGCAGAACUCCACUGGUAAAAAAAAAACGAACUUAUCUUCUGCCAUCUUUAAGCUCCGAAUCCUAUUGGACAAGGAUCGGUCAGACAGACCAAUCAGAAAAGACCUGGAGUUCCGAGAAGAACCGAGUUUUCUACCUACAUUAUGUCAUCUCUGAUUUUUGAAAAGUUCAUUUAUGUUAUUGAUUUUGGUUAAAAAGGGAAAUUCCUACAAUAUAUGUAUAUUUUUUAUACAAACGGUGGAAUGUUUACGUUGGUCAUAUCUGGUUAUUUCAAUGUAAAUGGCUGUUGUGGUUUGUUAGAAGAUGUUAAUAUAACAUAUGACCAUUAAAAGAUUUUCAUAUAGGAAUGUUAUAUCGUGACCUGACCUGACAUGACCUGAAGAUUCCGGGUUGAACAGAUGUUGACCACAAGCGAGGUAAGUGACAGGGUUAUUUUUGAAGAGAUGGGGUGGUCACCUUUCUAAAAUAAUGAGCCAAUCAUUUUUUUGCUAAAAGUUGUUUUUCGGGUUGUUGUUGUUUUUUUCUCCCCAAAAUCACUGUUGGCAAAAAACGACUUAUCCAUUAAUUAUUUCAGCAAGGUGACAAUAAGCGAGCAUUUUACGUGAAAGUUCGGUGGAAGGAAAAAGUGUGGUUGAAAAUAGUGCACAAGCAACGGAAGCAGAGUCCAUUCAAGAGUCUUGUGGAAUGACCUGCACAAUUUGAUAUUGAAGAGGGGCCCCCCGCCGGGGGACUUGUGUUUUCUGAUCCAUGUCUGUUUCAGGUCCUGGGGUCUGUGACUCCUCACACCCAAUAUCAAAAACUUGCAUGGAGAAACUCCACCUACACACACAGACUAGUUUGCAUUUGCUUUCUGUUGACUUCCAUUCAUUUAUGUAGCUGUAUUUAUGCCUAACCCAGACAUUUUUCCUCGUCUUUGCUUGUCUAUUCCCAACUCUAACCUUAACCAAAACUUAAUUCACACCACACUUCUAAACCUGACUAGAACAGAAGAAGCGCAACAAAAAAAAAAAAAAAAAGAAAAUCAGGACCAGGAGAAAAUAAACAUGGCGCAAGUGAUCCUGUGUGUCUGGUAUAAAAGUACACCCCUACACACACACAUGCACCCCUGCAACCCUCCACAGGUGUUUAUGCUUACACUCUAUCUUGGGCGUCGGUUGCCACUGAAUACAUCAUGUAUUAGUAGCGUGAUGCUUUUCAGCCACGCUGUUAUAAAAGCAUCUGUUUCUCACUGGUUACUGUGUCUUUUUUUUUUCUCUUUUUGCUAAACUUCCCUAACUAAACUUCUAAAGUGUUCUCUUGUAUUCCCUUCAUCCUCUUUUCUCCCCUGUUUUCUUAUUUUCAUCCUUCCCUUUUAGCUGUCUGCCACCUCUCUCUCUCUCUCUCUCUUUCUUUCUUUUUCUCU